AUGGUGAAAUCAUACCUGAAAUUCGAGCACUCGAAAACUUUCGGGCUCGUCGCUGGGGCAUCGUCGAAUUCGAUCUGGGCCCGCGACGAUGAAUUGGCUGGGACUGCACGUCGCACCGGCUCCGGUCGCGCUGUCGUCGGUGCAAGUGAGGAGGUGCUCUGCUGGGAUAUCAAGAAAGGAGAAUUGCUAGGGAGAUGGCACGAUACAUCAUGCAAUGCGCAGGUCACCGUGAUCACUCAGAGCAAGAUGGAUGAGGAUAUCUUUGCUGUCGGUUACGAAGACGGUAGCAUUCGUCUUUGGGAUUCGCGAACAGCCAGCGUGAUGAUCUCGUUCAACGGUCACAAAACCGCCAUUACCCAGCUAGCCUUCGACAGCGCCGGUGUUCGCCUUGCCAGCGGUUCAAAAGAUACCGAUAUCAUCCUAUGGGAUCUGAUUGCGGAAGUCGGCCUCUUUAAGCUGCGCGGACAUACCGACCAAGUCACUUCCCUUCACUUCCUCGAUCCUUCCCCGGAGUUGCUCAACGCGGCCGGUCUGAGUGAACACGCAGGAUUUCUCAUCACCACCAGCAAAGAUUCGCUGAUCAAGGUGUGGGAUCUCGCAUCGCAACACUGUAUCGAAACCCACGUGGCUCAAUCCAACGGGGAGUGUUGGAGUUUGGGCUUGUCCCCCGAUCAGAGCGGAUGUAUUACGGCCGGAAAUGAUGGAGAACUGAGAGUGUGGUCGAUCGACGAGAACGCUAUGAUUGAGAUCUCAAAAGAAAAAGUGGGUGCGGAAGACCGCAAAAUUCUUACAAACAGGGGGGCGUUCUACAGAACCGGAAAGGACCGCACAAUUGGGAUCAGCUUUCAUCCGCGAUCAGACUAUGUUGCUUUCCAUGGAUCGGAGAAGGCUGUUGAAAUCUGGCGCAUUCGCUCGGAGACAGAGGUCCAAAAGAGUUUGGCGAGAAAGCGCAAGAGAAGAAAGGAGAAAGAUGCCCAGCGCAACGCUGAAGGAGCUGCUAAGGAAGCCACCGACGACAAAGUUGAGGAUAUCUCCUCCGCACCGGUCACCGAAGUUUUCGUCUCUCACGUUAUUGUUCGCACCGGCGGAAAAGUCCGUUCGUUCGACUGGAUCAGAACGAAGUCUAGUGGGAACAUCCAGCUUCUAGUUGCAACCACAAACAACCAGCUAGAAGCUUACAGCGUCGUUACGGCGAACAAGAAAAACAAGGACGAGGAGGAAUCGGAUUAUAACCGCAACCUGGCCGUCGACAUCCCUGGCCAUCGCACCGACAUUCGGUCGAUCGCUCUGAGCUCGGAUGAUCGCAUGCUGGCUUCUGCCUCAAACGGUACUCUGAAAGUUUGGAACAUCCGCACGCAGAGCUGUCUCCGUACGUUGGAUUGCGGCUAUUCUCUGUGCUCUGCUUUCCUUCCUGGUGAUAAGAUUGUCGUGGUCGGUAACAAAGAUGGACAGCUCGAAGUCUUCGACAUUGCGUCCUCCACUCUGCUCGACACUAUCAAAGCCCAUGAUGGACCGGUGUGGUCUCUCCAAGUGCACCCCGAUGGAAAAUCGCUCGUCAGUGGCAGCGCCGAUAAGACUGCCAAAUUCUGGAACUUCCAGGUUGUCCAGGAAGACAUCCCCGGUACUAAGAGAAGUACGCCUCGGCUCAAGCUGGUCCACACAAGAACUCUCAAGGUCUCGGACGACAUUCUCAAUCUCCGAUUCUCCCCUGACGCCCGGCUGCUGGCCGUUUCCCUACUUGACAACACCGUCAAGGUGUUCUUCGUUGAUUCUUUGAAACUCUUCCUCAACCUCUACGGCCACAAACUUCCGGUCCUGAGCAUGGACAUCUCCUACGACAGCAAGUUGAUUGUUACUUGCUCAGCUGACAAAACAGUUCGUCUCUGGGGCUUGGAUUUCGGUGAUUGUCACAAGGCAUUCUUGGCGCACGAAGACAGUAUCAUGGCCGUCGCUUUCGUUCCCACGAACAAGGAAGGAAACGGGCAUAACUUCUUCAGUGCAAGCAAAGACCGUAUGGUGAAAUACUGGGACGGUGACAAAUUUGAGCAGAUCCAGAAGCUGGCAGGUCAUCACGGCGAGAUCUGGGCUUUGACUAUCAGCCAGGACGGCGAGUUCCUCGUGACGGCCAGUCACGACAAGAGUAUCCGCACCUGGCAGCAGACCGAUGAGCCGCUUUUCCUCGAAGAAGAGCGCGAAAAGGAGCUGGAAGAGAUGCACGACAACAAUCUCAUGGAAUCUCUCGACCAGGAAGACAACGAAGACGGCGAGAAAGCCGAAGCCGGUGAGGCAGGAAAACAAACCACCGUCACGCUCAUGGCUGGUGAAAAGAUCAUGGAAGCCCUCGACUUGGGAAUUGAGGAUCUGGAGAUCGUGCGUGAAUGGCGCGCCAUCAAAGCGACCCAACCGAACGCCGCUCCUCCCGUCCGCAACCCGCUGUACAUGGCGCUGGGCAACAUCUCGGCCGAGCAGCACGUCCUGAACACAGUGCAGAAGGUCCCGGCCGCCGCGCUGCAGGAUGCCUUGCUCGUUUUGCCCUUCGCCAAGCUCCCCGCGCUGUUCACCUUCCUCGACAUCUGGGCCAAUCGGGAAUGGAACGUUCCUCUCACCUGCCGCGUCCUCUUCUUCAUGCUCAAGACACACCACCGUCAAGUUGUUGCCAGCAAGACGAUGCGGCCGAUGCUCGAUAGUAUUCGAUCUACCUUACGUCGGGUCCUCGCGCGCCAGAAGGACGAGAUGGGAUUCAAUCUGUCUGCUUUACAGUUCGUGGGCCAUCAGGUGCGCGAACAGGGUACCAAGCAAUACGUUGAUGACGAGGUCUGGGAAGAGCCUGCUCAGACAGCAGCAACGGGUAAGAAGCGACAAUUUAUCAGCGUGUCCUAA